GCCGAAAAUCAAGUGAUUAACUCUCAGUAUAACAACACCCCCUCCCCGCCCCUCGUUAUUUCUCUCUCUAGAUUUUUCACUCUCUCUCUAUCCAUUUCUAUUUUCUCGCAAAAUCAACCCGUCUCAAUCAAUACGCAAUCUUCCAAUACGCCCGUGCAUAUAUACAGAUAUAGAAAGAUUUAUCUUUUUACUGUCCGUAAUUUGAAAUUCUAGGGUUUUUUUUGGUCUGGUUAUCGCUCAAUCUUCGCAAUUUAGAUUCAAAUGUGGGGAAUAAAGUAGAGUAAGUGGGGACGGAGGGGUUUUAAGUAGAGAAAGCUAGGGUUUUUGGAUUAGCUGCUGGUACUUUUUUUUUUUUUUUGUAAUUAGUUUUAUUAAUUCUUGAAGUCGAUCUGUGAGUGUGAAAUGGAUUCUUCUUCGUCGAUGUCGUCGCCGGCAAUCAUGGUUGGGGAUAGCAAUAAUAACGUUAGUAGCAAUAACAGAGAUGGUGCUUUGUCGCCCACGGCCGCUGCUUCUCUGCGAGGGUCGAUGGAGGAUGACGUGGCUCUCUCAGUAGCUGCGGGGCUUGCUAAGGAGGCGGCUCUCUUGUUCCAGGCCGGGAAAUUUGCGGAGUGUGUCAGUGUGUUGAAGCAGCUCUUGCACAAGAAAGAGGACGAUCCGAAGAUUCUUCACAACAUUGCUAUUGCGGAAUACUUUCAAGAUGGUUGUUCAGACCCUAAGAAGCUUCUUGAAGAACUCAAUAAUGUUAAGAAACGAAGUGAAGCACUUGCUCAUGCAUCUGAGGAACAACAAACAGAGUCAGUCGGCAGCACUAGUAGACUUGCAGUUGGAAGUAAAGAAGAGGAAAGUGCCGCUCUGACCAAACGAGCAAAUCAAUUCUAA